AUGCCCAAGUUCUACUGUGUUGCGGAAGGAUGUACGUCAGAUACGAAAAAGAAGGGAAGAUACGGAUUCAUGGCUGAUGUGAAAUUCUUUCCAUUUCCUACACCUAAACAGCCCAAACUCCGCAGAAAAUGGCUUGAACUGUUAUGGCGCCGUGAUUUCAACCCCUCACGUCACGACAGAUUAUACUCCAGACAUUUUGUAGAUGGUGAACCAACAGCACAUCAUCCUUACCCCGAGCUUUUUCGGUAUAACAACUACAAAUGUUUGCAGGGAACCCAGGGAACGUCUUCUAUCGAGAAAAGAUUAGUUAAUCAGCAGAACCUAAGUACAGAUGCUGAUGAUAUUGGCGACGAUACGUCCAAUACAACGUCUCCUUUACAGGAUGAUGAAGGGGUAACACUUUUCCCCCUCCCUGUUGAAAGUGAAAUUAUUUUGCAAUCCAUUCCAUCAGUUGAACAAAUGGCAAUGCCCCAUGAUCAUGAAUAUUGUACUGCCAGUGUUCAAGUUCAUUCACAAACCUCUGAUGUACAAUGCCAGACAGAUUUAACACUGCAAGACUUGGAGGAUUCUGAGGCUGAGCUCAAGCACUUGCGAGAGACCUUUAAGGACAAAGAGGACUUGAGGCGGUACCUAUCUGUUGCGAAGAUGACAGAAAGUGAUAGCUCUGUGAAGAGUUACUUUGGUCUUCCAUCUGUACUGACCCUUUUUGGAAUCUUUGCUAUACUUGACAAAACAACACCUACAUUGAUGUAUUGGAAGGGUGGGUCUGGAGCAAAGAAUGCUAGAGCAACGAAUCCUUACAAGAAGUCUUGA